GUUGGGUCGCCAGAACCGUUUGUUUAGAUUUUGACAGUCAACGCAGAAGCUCGAGCACGUUGUUAUCGGCAUCUUAAAACCACAUUUUUAUUUACAAGUGCAAAAGUUAAAACAAGUACAGAAGGAAAAGGUUGAAUAUGUUCAGCUUGUCACGUGAAUUCUCUCCCUGUGGGAAAUAUUGCGCUUACAUUAGCCAGCAGGGUAAAUUUGUCGUGCACGAUGUAGAAACGAGCGCCAUACAUCAAGUCUACACGCCAAACAUGCACCUGAACGUACCGUGCACCAGUUUCGCUUGGGUUCAAAUUGGCGAGGAACAAAAGAAUGCGAAGAAAAAAUCAAAAAAAGCACGAUCAAGUCUGGUGGAAAAUGGUAGCAGUGUUAAAUUACUUGUCGCAUUUGGCACAAGCAAGGGUGGCGUCGCGUUUUACAACCUCGCUACCGCUUCCAUCGAGCAUGCCUGCAAAGGCGAUGGCCAUACCGCUCCCAUCACGGCAAUCUAUUUCAAUGCCAAGCACAACCCGGAUGCACUCUACACGGCUGGUGCCGAUGGAAAAGUGAUCGAGUGGAACAUCAGUCAGUGCAGCCAGCAGAGAGUGCACCACAUUGGCGUAGAGAAGUUGACCUGUGUUUUGGCACACUCCAGUACGAUUGUAACCGGUGCGAAACAGCUUAAACUGUGGAACAUCGAAAACGAAGCAAUGGAGCGUACUCUUAUAGGGCACACAUCAAAUACGCCACUGUUGCAGCUGGUAGCACUGGAUGCGGACAACAUUUACGUCCUGUCGGGAUCGGUGAACGAUCGUAACUUAUUCCUUUGGUCGCUGAAUGAUGAGCAAAACAAUUCGCCGGUAGCAGCCUUCGCACUAGACGAUGUGCCAGAAUACAUAUCGCCGAAAAUGAUCGACGGUAAGCUACACCUGAUUGCCGUAUCGAGGACGGGCAUUGCACAUUAUUUCGUACGCGAUAUGGGCAAACUGAGUGUCAAGAAACCGUACCGAGCGUCCCACACAUUCGAGAUAGCAAUGGACACAGUGAGCACGAAGAAGCAAGCGGUCGAUCGGAUACCGGUGUUUAUAGCCACCAUUCAGCACGCCGCACAGCAGGAACAUAUACUUCUGGGUUACGGUUCGGAGUGGUACGUGCGCUUCGAAAAUGUUCCCAUCGAAGAGAACGUCAAGAUGAACGUUAUCGUGCGUGAGCCUAUAAAAGCGUUUGAAGGAAAAGCGAAGGAAGGCGAACAGAAAUCAAAAACACCUACCGUUGAUACAUCCAAUGUGGAGUAUAUGAACGCAGCUAAUGCUAGCAGAAAGACCGUCAAGGAGGUGGAAAUUCCCAUGGAAGUUCGUUUGGAAAACUUAUCGACGCCCAAGACAAGCUCGAAAAAUAUGAUCCACCUGCUGAUACAAGGGUUGCACAGCCGGGACGCGGCGCUUUUGAAAAAUGUGUUUGCAGUUGACGAUUCGGAAGUGAUUCAACAAACACUUGGCCGAUUACCUUCGCAAUAUGUGAGCGCGCUGCUGAACGAACUGUCCUACAUGAUGCAGUUGAAAACGAUGCACGUUAAAACAGCAGUAUGCUGGUUAAAACAUCUGAUCAACAUACACGCGAGCCAGCUGAUGGCGCUCGGUUCAUCGAAUCUGCAAAGUAAUUUCAGCACUUGCCUCGGCAUCAUCGAGUACCGGGUGGAACACUUGAAUUCCCUUUCUAGAUUGCGCGGACGGUUAGGGUUGCUGAUCGAUCAGAUUGAUCGAAGCAAAAAUCUGGACGACAGAUCCAACAUGAACGUGCUGGUAUAUCAGGAGGGUGACGAUUCGGACGUGGACUCCAUGCUAGAGAAGGAUGAUGCCGAUCUGGCGGGUUCGUCAAACGAAGAGAUGUAUGAAGAAGAUGACAAUGAGGACGAGGUUGAGGCAGGGUACGCUAAUGGAACCGAUUCGGGCGUUGAACACCGACGAAAUGGGUAUUCCGGGAGAGACAGUGAUGAAGAAUCGAUGGAAGUGUCCGAUUGAGCGUGGUUAGUUACGAACGAUACUAUAUUAGACAGCAAUAUUGUACAAUAAAUGCUUAUUGUAUGCUGAA